CAGGUCACUGCUGGAACGCACGCAGUCGCACUCGUUGCACCUGACCGCGGCUCUGCUGGCCUCUAUUCAGUUGUGUGUGGAUUGCCGCCUGGAGAUCCCACACGCGUUGAAAGUUCGUCCCUCCUUCGUACGCUGUUUACACGGAGAGUCCCUACUUUCGCUCGUAGGUACCAAACUGCUCGUCAUAACCGACGCACUCACAGCCGUGACGUUUGUGCAGGAUACGGCUGAAAGGGCGUACGCUGCGAUACUGAUCCUAGUUUACGCCGACAGAAGUGGGCAUGG